GGGGGAUGUGCCCGUAAUUCAUUCUAGUGCAUAAAGAAUAUAUAAAUUUCAUUAGUCCCUGAAUUUACACUCGGAGCUUUCUUUGGAUUCUCAUUUGUAUGAUUAUGAGGUCUUGUUUUGAAGGGACUUGGAAGCAUCAACGAUGGAAAUGGCAUUCAAAUUGUUGUUAUAUAAUGUUAAAGAAUUUGGUAACAGAUUGUCUGGGAAAACGUGACAUAACCUCGACGAACAUGGCCAUCACAAGUCAUUCAAGAAACGGCCAACUUGACAUUGCUCGCAAGUUGUUUGAUGAAAUGCCCCAACGAACGGUUGUAUCCUGGAACACAAUGAUAUCUGCGUAUUCCAAAUGUGGAAGAUUUGAGGAAGGUCUUAAUGUACUUUCAUCGAUGCAUUUUAACAAUGUGAAGUUGAACGAGACAACUUUUUGUUCUGGGUUGAGUGCUACUGCCCGUUUACCUUCGUAUUAUGCAGGCAAACAGCUUCAUGGUCUAGUCUUGAGGAGUGCUUUGGAGAGUUUUCAACUUGUAGGGAGUGCGUUGUUAUAUUUUUAUGCAAACUGCUAUGAAAUCGAAGAAGCUAGGCAGGUGUUUAAUGAUCUCCAUGAAGGGAAUGGAUUGCUUUGGAGCUUGAUGCUAGUGUGUUAUGUUCAAUGUAACUUGUUAGACGAUGCAUUGGAUGUAUUCAAUAGAAUGCCAGCUCGUGAUAUUGUUGCUUGGACUGCAGUGAUGUCUGGGUUUUCAAAGAGGGAUGGUGGUUUUGAGAAGUCUUUGGAACUGUUCUGUUUGAUGAGAAGAAGGGGUGAAGCUGAGCCCAAUGAGUUCACUUUGGAUUGUGUGAUAAGGGCUUGUGGUCGAUUCGCUGCUUUGCUUGAGGGGAAGACUGUUCAUGGCCUUGCAAUUAAAUAUGGAUUUGAGUUUGAACACUCAAUUAGUGGUGCACUAAUUGAUUUUUAUUGUUCUUGUAAAUCAAUUGAUGAUGGGAAAAGGGCUUACCUUGGAGUGUCAAAUCCAAGCAUGUCUGAUUCAAAUUCGUUAAUUGAAGGCCUCCUAGGAGGUGGUAGGAUUGAAGAAGCAGAGUUGGUAUUUAAUGGGUUAGUAAAAAAAAAUCCAACUACAUAUAAUUUGAUGAUCAAAGCCUAUUCGUUGGCUGGUCGAUUUGAGGAUUCAGUCAAGUUGUUCCUCAAAAUGCCACAAAAGGUUUUAGCUUCCAUGAAUACUAUGAUAUCUGUAUAUUCUAGAUAUGGCAAUCUGAAUAAAGCCUUCGAGCUCUUUGAAGUAACGAAAGAAGAAAGAAAUACUGUUACAUGGAAUUCAAUGAUUUCGGCUUACAUCCACAACAAUCAGCCUGAAAAUGCACUGGAACUAUAUAUAUCCAUGCACAAAUUAAGCGUGGAAAAAUCUAGGUCAACUUUCUCUAGCUUGUUUCAUGCAUGCUCAUGCCUUGGGUCUCUUCGACAGGGGCAAUUACUCCAUGCACAAUUGGCUAAGACGCCGUUAGCAUCUAGUGUUUAUGUAGGAACUGCCCUUGUGGAUUUCUACUCCAAAUGUGGGAGCGUGACUGAUGCUCAAUCAUCUUUUAUCAACAUCCUGAAUCCCAAUGUAGCUGCAUGGACUGCUCUGCUCAAUGGAUAUGCACAUCAUGGGCUUUGCUCUGAGGCGAUUUUACUUCUAGAGAAUAUGGUCAACCAAGGAAUCAAACCAAAUGAGGCAACUUUUGUUGGGGUUCUGUCUGCUUGUGCUCAUGCAGGUUGGGUCAAUGAGGGAAUGAGGUACCUUCGUCUAAUGAAGGAAAUUUAUGGCAUAGAACUGACAAUGGAACACUUUACAUAUGCAGUUGACCUUCUUGGUCAAUCAGGUCAUAUUCAAGAAGCAGAAGAAAUGAUUAAGGAGAUGCCAUUUGAGCCAGACAGUGUUGUGUUGGGGGCAUUACUGAAAGCAUGUUGCUUAUGGUUGGAUGUGGAAGUAGGUGAAAGGGUUGCUCAGAAGAUGGUCGAUAUGAACCCGAAGUCUAUAUUUGCCUACGUGAUCAUGUCUAACAUAUAUUCUGGCAUUGGAAGGUGGAAAGAUAAAAUUAAAGUGAGACAGAUAUUGAGAGAUUUGGAAGUGAAGAAGGAUCCUGGUUGUAGUUGGGUUGAGGUCGACAACAAAGUUUGUGUGUUCUCCGUAGAAGAUAGAUCACAUCGAUGUUAUAACAUAAAAAAUUUACAAGUCUCAAGCACCUAAGAGCGAAUAUCUACUGUAUCAUGCAAUCGGAUAGUGUUUCCUAUGCCAAUAACAGCAGCUAACAUGUAUAUAAAGUUCUGAACAAGUCAAUGAUUUGGAUUCUUUACCAUCUUCUGAGCUAUC